UUAAAGCUGAGGUCGAUGCCCGGUGGAUUCAUGUGGCAGAUGCGCUGCUAUGGAUACGAUCGAUUUAAAAGAAUUGCUCAACUGGAAUGUGGAAGAAAUCGAGCGUAAAGUAAACAUUGAAGUGAAGAAAACAAUCGACAAUCUAGUAUGGACCAAAGUUGUUGCGAUUGGAGACUCGGGCACAGGAAAAACUUGCUUAAUAAAGAAUUUUUGUGAGAGCCGUUUCUCACCGACGUACCAUGCAACUGUUGGCGUGGACUACGGAUUUAAAGUGCAAGAAGUUAAAGGCGUGCCGCUCAGGGUUCAUAUGUGGGAUCUUUCGGGCGACGAUCAUUACUUCGAAGUGAGAAAAGAAUUGCUCGAUGAUAUAGACGCUUGCUUUUUGGUUUAUGACGUCACCUCUCGACAAUCGUUUUUAAAUCUUGAGAAAUGGAUCCACGAAUUAGGCAAACGUCGACCAAAUGCAGCGAUCGUGUUAGCUGGGAACAAGUCAGACAUUCGAACGAAUUUCAAAUCUCCAUAUCCUAGAAAAACUGUGUCCCGUUAUACGAAGCUAAGAAAUGGGCCAACGAACGUAAAAUGAAGCAUUUUGAUACUUCAGCAAAGACCGGGGAAGGAGUACAGGCCAUGUUUGCAACCAUCCUAGGAGCAGUUGUUGAACGAAACCAGUCACAGGAUCGGCCGGAGUGAUGGGUUUACAGACUCGCUGGCAAAACAAAGCGUACCAUCACUGAGCAGUAUCAAACUGUUCGGCCUUCGGUGGUCCAAUGUAACUACCGAACUGCAUUCUGGUUAACUACUUCAACAAAAAGAACUAAAAAUUAACAGAACGGCUACAACUAAAAAUUACUUUUAUAUUGGUCUAACUAACUACUUUAACAAAUAUAAUUAAAAACAAACAUAAUUAACAGCUACAAGUUUGGGGCAAAGCACAAUUUAUUUGCACCUUCACCUCAAUUUUGAGAUAACAACAACAAAAUGAAAAAACAAAAUAGCUUUUCAAUAAUGUAAGAACGGACAAAAUGCGAAAAUAAACAAGUGGCAGGCAAAUGAACACGAUUUUCAGCCUUCGAUAUUUAG